GGUAACAGCCAAUUUCCGUUAAUACUAAUUAGAUUUAAACUAUAAGGACUGGGGUGAGACAUGUCACGUGGAUAUAUUACAAUUCAUGUAAACUGUGGUUAAAAUGUACCUACCCAUUUUUUUAAAAUAAAAAAAAAACAGUUAAAUUUAGUUCUCAUUUGUCUCACGAUGUUUUUUGUUAGCGCAUGCGCAAAAUAUCGUUUUGUCAAAGUGCGUAUGCGCUAAGAUAAAAACUCGUGAGCUAUUUGCGCUACUACGGAAAAUACAGUCAAAUGGAAACGAGACUUUAGCAUAAAAAAUAUGAUCAAGUAAGAACUAUUACAUUUUGAAUUUGGAAUCUUUAUUUGCUUUUUUCGUCAACGCGAAAAUUAAUUCUCGCGAAUUAGUUUCAUGAACUGUGAAUGUUUAGUUCGCGGUAUUUUUGGAUUGCGAAAUUUUCUUCCCGCGAAAGUUUGAAAAUUAGACAUAAGGUUGAUUUAUUUCUAGACAUCAUUUCUCUUCGAUAACUGGACACUUUACGAAAUAAGCCACUUCAAAAACCCUUAGUAAAUGUUUUUAUUCUUUUAGAAUUUCAAAACUAACGUAACCAAGAAACAGUUAGUGAAUCUCUUAACCAAUGUCACGUUAGAAAUGUGUUUCCGUUGUUCAAGCUGCGAAAGAAUAAAAAUUUCCUCCAAUUAAGUUUUUAACCACAUUGACUACCGUUCCUCCAUCUUUAGAACAAUAACUUACUUAUGUGUCUGUAUUUUUAUUGGCAAAUAUUGUUCUGUCUUUCCGGUCCUUACCACGAUACAUUUAAAAAGACGACUCAAUUCUUGAUCUUCUGUGACCAAAUCAUGUUUCAAACAAGACAGAUGUCAUUUUCUCUUCUUUUUUUAUUUACUUUGCCAAAAUAUUCUUUCGACGGGGUUUAUUUUUGUUACUUUAUUUCUGUCUCGCUCUCUUCGUCCAUACAUUGUAAGGAAAUGAUUCAAAAGAACUUCGAAAACGUAAACAAACUUCUUCUUAGUGUAAAUAAAGCUUAUUUACUGUACACAUCCGAGCCUUCAUCAUCAUUCGUAGUUGAACACACACUGAAAAAACAUUUAGAGGAUUAAAACGAGCCUGUUUGUUUAUAGAAAAAAGUCCUUGUCAACGGAGAAUGGAUUUUGCUAAAAAUCAAAAGCGCAGAAAAAGUCUGGACGAAGCUUUGAUAAACCCGUUAAAGUCCAUCAUCGGUGCUGCUCGUGGACGACGGACCAUACAAGAUGACGGCGAUAAUAUAAAAUUAGACGGAUAUUUUAGUGCAAUUAGACGGCAACGUCAAAGUAGUGACCACGACUUAAAGCGACAACUUCAAGAUCCGUCAGUACAAGAACGACUUCGCUUGAUGAUGUCACAUACAUCGACGUUAAAGGAUGAAAUAUUCGACAUUGACGAAAAAUUAAAAAUUGAGAAAUACUUGAUCCGUAACUCCACUGGGAGAAAAAGCAAAAGUGAUGUUUUAAAAAUAUUAAAAGAAAAUAUCGGAAAUGCUGAAAUAAGCUCACCUAAAGAAGCAAAGAAAAACGAGAGAAAAUCGGGACAUCGUCGCAGAAAAAGCGAAAAUGAAAUACUCUCGAUUUUGCGACAUUCACCGUUGAAUUCUCCGUCAUUGACACGAUCGCUAUCGUUUGAAAACGAAUCGAAAAAGAACGUGAUUGCCGACAAAACCGUCGAGAAACUACGAAAGAAAUCGAAACACAAAAGGACGAAAAGUGAGAAUGAGGCCCUUGUUACGAGUUAUGUCCGUUGUACAUCGACACGAACAAGCUCGCUUCUUGAGAAGUCGUUACAAGAUACGGAACCUAAGAAUCACUCAGAAAGCGAAAGCGAACCGAUAAAAGUCGAUCGUUCUAUAAAAGGUCGAAUCUUAAAUGCGUUAUCUCGAUCGUCUUCUUUUAAAGAUAAGGAGACUGGAGACGAGAAUCACGAUAAAAAACAAACAAAUAAAGAUGAUCCUGCGAAAAUCGAUAAGUCGCUUAAAGAGCGUAUAAAGAAUGUCAUAGGUCGAUCGUCAUCGUUCAAGGAAUCAAAAGGAAAAAAUGGCCCAGAGGAUGAUUCUCGUAAAAGAUCGGGAAGUGAAAAUGAAGUGGGAAAAACGAAGAAAGAGCGAACAGUGAAUAGAAGAAGCAGAUCUUCUUCGUUUAAAAACUCGAAAGAAAAAUUAUCUGAGGGAGAUACUGAUGAUAGUUUGGGUUUAGAAGGUUAUGUAACUAAUUCGAGAAGACAACGAAGAAAAAGCGAAAACGAAUUGAAAGAUUUGCUUCCUGAAAACGCAACAGUCAAUUUUUGUCGCAAUUCUGUUGCACGUUCAUCAUCGACAAACGAAUCAAACACGAGAAAACGAAUGCCUGGUAUCGUACGACGCUUGUCUAGACAGAAGGUGCAAAAUAAGGACAACUCGAUUGAUGUUGACGAUGACGAAACGUCAUCCGAACCUGAUGUCUUAGGAUCGCCACGUCCAUCGCCGACAAACUCUGUUAACAAUGAAACGAAUGAUGCGAAUUUAAGUUCUACCAACAGUCCUUCGCUGCAAUAUAAAAAUGGAUACUUGCGUAAUAAGGAUACCAUCUUGCAAGGUAAAAAUAAACAAAAUGAAACCAUCAGGAAAAUGAGUGUUCCUAUUGUCAACAGAAGUAUGUCUGUCGGUGACGUUCUUGCUGGUGCGAAAAUAAACGAUAAGCAAAGUCCUUUAAAAGGGAAUAUUCACAGACAGUACAGCUUAAGAGAAGAAAGAUCAAAAUACCUCAGUACAGUUGCUCCAAGCCCCCUUAUACUAAGGGCGAGUCACGAACAGUUAAUUUCUACUUAUGACAAAAAAUACGACAUGAACUUUGUUAGAGACUCUCCAAAAAAGAAGAGAAAAAUCCCGUUUGUUAAUCGCAUGCAAAAGAUCUCGUCGGACUCUAAUAAUUCGCAAAAAUUUGACAAUAAACGACUGGAAAAGUUGGUGUCAGAUAUUUUAGAGGCUAAGAUGAGAAAUUUAACUUACGAUCACAAAAGUUCAAACGACAGGUGUCGCUUGCUAAGUAAAAAUAUCGAAAUUGCAAUCAAAGAAAGAUUGCUUGCUUCGACACAUGAAUACAAAAUUAUUGCACUUGUUUACAUCGGAGAAACAAAGGAUUGUGGGAUUGGGUUUGCUACUCAAUGUUCUUAUGAACCCUCCGAAGAUUUGUAUGCAACAGCAACUUAUGAGGGCGAAACCUUGUUUGUUUGCGCAUGCGUAAUGGCAUCUUUAAUACCAGAAUCCAUAGCGGAGAUUAUGGAAUAAGUUAUGUUAAAUGUAAAUAGAUUCUU